UUCACAAUUUGAACCCUGGGGAAGUGGUGAAAGUGGGCGUGGCCACGUCGUUGGUCAUCAGACACUUCCUGCUUCAGAGGAAGCGUCAGUUAAGGUUGUUUAUCUCGGCUAGCUGUACUUUGUCUUCUGUUUAUUAAAGGAUUGAGACUCUGAAGUCUUGGAGAGGUUCUAUGGUCUAUUGAACUCAACAUGUACUUCUACAACUGCUCAGCCCAAAGAUUAGAUUUUUAAUUAAGACAUUUUUUAGGAGGACGGACUAGAAUCGGGAUUGUUGUUCAACACCGUUUUGUGGAACCCUGUGUCUCCUCGAAGGCUGCAGGUCCACCGAGCGUACAGUUAUUUUAGUCAUGGCAGACGGGAGGAUCUAUGUGGGGAACCUUCCCAUGGACGUGCAGGAGAGGGACAUUGAGGAUCUCUUCUUCAAAUAUGGCAAAAUUCGGGACAUCGAGCUGAAGAACAACCGCGGCACCAUCCCCUUUGCCUUUGUUCGUUUUGAGGACCCACGGGAUGCGGAGGACGCUGUCUAUGGAAGGAACGGAUAUGGAUUUGGAGACUGUAAGCUGCGUGUGGAAUAUCCUCGCUCCUCAGGAGCCAAAUUUGGAGGAUCAGGCGGAGGACCAAGAGGAAGGUUUGGCCCUCCGUCACGCAGAUCUGAGUUUCGGGUUAUAGUUACAGGUCUUCCUCCCACUGGAAGUUGGCAAGACCUUAAAGACCACAUGAGGGAGGCAGGAGACGUGUGCUUUGCUGAUGUGCAGCGUGACGGUGAGGGAGUGGUGGAAUUCCUCAGACGGGAAGACAUGGAAUAUGCUCUGCGUCGACUGGAUGGCACGGAGUUCAGAUCCCACCAGGGUGAAACAGCCUACAUCAGAGUACUAGAGGAGCGAGGCACAAGUUGGGGUCGUUCCCGUUCCCGCUCCAGGUCUCGUGGUCGGUACACUCCGCCCUAUCAGAGCCGAGGCUCUCCCCCUCGCUACCGCUCCCCUCCCCGCCAUAUGGCUCGCCUGAGCCCUCCCUCACGAAGACCGCCGCCUCAGCACCACAGCCCACCCCCACGGCACUAUCGGUAAACAGCCAUACGAAUUCAAACCCGUUUAAAACCCACCCCUUCCUCUCCUCGUGGCCUACCUUUUAAUUUUUUUAUUUUUCUUUCUAAUUUACAUUCCGCAAUUAAAAGCCUUAGUCUCUGUUCACAGGUGUCAAAAUGAUCUCGAAAGAUAAACGUUCCUCUUCUGGUCAAUAAUAACUGGAUCAUUCAUAACUGGCAGGAAGAGACAUUUUAUCUUGACAUUUAGAGCAGACUUUAUUAAAAAAAAGUUUGUCCACCUUUGUUACUACCGUGGCAAAAAUGGCUGUUCUUGCGGACGCUGUGCUCAUCUGUUAUCUUCUAAAUCUUUUCUUUUAAAUAAAAAAAAACUUUUUUUUUUUUAAUAUA